CUAUUUCUUCCUCGCCUCCACCCAGGUCAGCCAGGCCUAGCCUUUCCCUCCCCCCUGACUCAACCAUGCUCUACCUUGCCUCUCCUUGACUCUACUUUUCACUACUUUGACUACUUUAACUGCUGUAACUGCCUUGACUACCUUGACCAACCCCUGCUCGUCAUAAAUCCCCCAUUUGCAACCAUGCAGCUAUGGCGCAUACUGAGCACGACGACUGUGCAGCCAGUAUGUAACUGGUCAGAGGAAGUUGGAGUCGUGCAAACAGCGAAGGAGGGGUUCAACAGAUGUUGAAACCUUUUGAUAUCCAUGUCCAUGUACAUCUCGAUGUACUGUACAUUGACAUGUAGGUCCAAUUUGUCUGUUCUGUAUUAACAAAGCCCCCGGUUAGACAAGGUAGUCCAGACAGGUCAGGUAGGUCAGUUAGGUAGUGGGUAGCUCAGGUAUUUAUAUAUCUGUUCGCCCUCCUCCUUUCCGUCUCGAUUCUAUUCUUUCCUUCCCCUCCGGUUGCACUUUCUGAGCUGCCUAUCUGUUCCGUAUCUAUUACGAAGCUUGUGUCUGGGUAAUACACCAAUUUACCCCAAAGCCUAUAACAUAGGUAACCCCUGAGCUUUGACAGCCUUGCUUUGAUAGCCUGCGUUUUGAAAUACCCUCACCUUCCCCCCUCAUUAGUAAUUGUCUCAAAAAUCUCAAUAUCCCUAAGUCGCAAUCAUGGUCGCCAAUGAGAAGCCCGCGUCUACCUUCAGGUACAAUGAGAAGCCUGUGUACACUACGUCCAAUGGCUACCCCAUUGAACAUCCUUCUAUGUGGCAGCGAGUUGGCACACAUGGCCCCUUACUACUUCAAGACUUCCACUUGAUUGAUCUCCUCGCUCACUUUGACCGCGAACGUAUCCCCGAGCGUGUUGUCCAUGCUAAGGGAGCUGGAGCCUAUGGCGAGUUCGAAAUCACGGACGAUAUCAGCGACAUUACCACUGUUGAUAUGUUGAAUGGCGUUGGAAAGAAGACUCCUCUCGUAAUUCGCUUCUCCACCGUCGGUGGCGAGAAGGGUUCGGCCGACAGCGCCAGAGAUCCUCGAGGAUUCGCUAUCAAGUUCUACACACAACAGGGUAACUGGGAUUGGGUCUACAAUAACACCCCCAUCUUCUUCCUCCGAGAUCCCUCCAACUUCCCAUUGUUCAUUCACACUCAGAAGCGCAACCCUCAAACCAACUUGAAGGAUGCUACCAUGUUCUGGGAUUACCUAUCUACUCACCAAGAGUCUAUCCACCAGGUCAUGCACCUCUUCUCCGACAGAGGAACCCCAUACUCUUACCGUCACAUGAACGGGUACUCUGGCCACACUCACAAGUGGAUUAAGCCCGACGGUUCUUUCGUCUACGUUCAGGUUCACCUGAAGACUGACCAAGGGAGCAAGACUCUUAACAAUGCCGAGGCUGGCAAGCUAGCUUCUGAGAACCCUGACCAUGCUACUCAAGAUCUGUUCGAGGCUAUCCAAAGGGGCGAAUUCCCAAGCUGGACAGUCUAUGUACAGACCUUAACACCAGAGCAAGCUGAGAAAUUCAAGUGGAAUAUCUUCGACUUGACUAAGGUCUGGCCGCAAUCAGAGGUGCCACUGCGGCGAUUUGGCAAGAUGACCCUUAACAAGAAUGUGGAGAACUACUUUGCCGAGAUUGAGCAAGUCGCCUUCUCCCCGUCGCAUCUCGUCCCUGGCGUCGAGCCGUCAGCAGACCCUGUACUCCAGUCUCGUCUGUUCUCCUACCCCGAUACCCACCGACACAGACUAGGUGUCAACUACCAACAAAUCCCCGUAAACGCGCCUCUCCACGCUUUCAACCCCUUCCAGCGUGACGGUGCCAUGUCCGUAAAUGGAAACUAUGGCGCGAACCCUAACUACCCUAGUAGCUACCGGCCGUUGACGUUCGCAACUAGCAAGCCCGUCAAUCCCCAUGAGCAAUGGACUGGCGCGGCCGUGAGCGACCUUUUCGACCAGGUCCAGCCUCACGACUAUGAGCAAGCCAACGGACUGUGGAAUGUCCUCGGCCGGACUCCGGGCCAACAAGAGAACUUCAUUGGCAACGUGUCGGGUCACUUGGCUGACGCCCACGUCGACACCCGUAACCGGACUUACGACAUGUUCAGUAAGGUUAACCCCGAGCUCGGCGCCGCCAUUAAAGCCGCGACCGAGAAGAAUGUCAAGCUAUGAGUGCGGGAAAACUUCGGGAAAGUUUCACGAUAUAUCAAGAAUGAAAAGACUCAAGACCAAGACAGUAAAAAACUUGCCGCUCUACGAAUUGUCAAAUUAGAUAGUCAACAUAGUGUAGGAAUUAAAUAAUACCAUACAUAAAGCGUAU